AUGAUCUUGAAAACCUCUCUUGUCGCCUCUCUCUCUGCCCUCGCCGCCGUCACCACGGCGCGUGACAUCCCCUCCAACGUCAAGAGCUUCUACGACAGCAUUCGCAGUCAACGACAAUGUCGUAACGUUCUAGCCGGUGGUUUUCACAGCAUCCAAGGCGACUCAGGAAACUUCGACUACUGCGGCGACCACAUCAACGACUACAACGUCAUCUACUUGCAAGGCAAAAACGGACAGCUCGUCAACAUGGACAUUGACUGCGACGGCAUCCAGCACGGCCCAGCAGACGACGGCCGCUGCGGCUCCUCCGGCGACACCCAGUCCAUCACGUCCUUUGCCGAUACAGUCCGCGGCUACGGCACCGGCCAGCGCGACCUAGAUGCCAAUGCGCACCCGUACGUUGUCUUCGGCAACUCAGGCAGCAGGCCUGGCUAUCCGAACUUUGACCCGCAGCGUCAUGGUGUUGAGCCGUUGAGCGUAAUGGCUGUCGUUUGCAACAAUAAACUUAUCUACGGCGUUUGGGGCGAUGAGAAUGGUGACGAUGGCCCUGAAGCUAUGGUUGGUGAGGCGUCCAUCUCGCUUGCUACGGCUUGCUUUGGCCGUGGUGUCAAUGGCAAUGCGGGCCAUGAUGGUAAUGACGUUUUGUAUAUUGCUUUCCCGGGUAGGGAUGCUGUUCCUGGAGCGCGUGGUGCGAAGUGGAAUGCCCAAAAUUGCAAUGAUUUUGAGAAUAGCAUCACCGCUUUGGGUGAUCGGUUGAUUCAGAGGAUUGGUGGUGGUGGUGGUACUCCUCCUCCUUCUGGGAACUGUUCUUGGAAGGGGCAUUGCGAAGGCGCCCCCUGUGGCUCUGAUAACGAUUGUUCCGACGACUUGACCUGCCAGUCUGGAAAAUGCGGCAACGGAGGUGGCUCGACUCCUCCUCCUCCUCCUUGCAGCUGGGAGGGCCAUUGCCAGGGCGCAUCUUGUCGUGAUGAGAACGACUGCGCCGAUUCUCUGGUCUGCCGAAGUGGUCGAUGUGCGCAGUAA